AUGAGUAACCAGUUCCAGCAGUACUUCAACAGCACUGCGCCCCCAAACCAGCAGGCUCCCGCCGCACCGCUGCCGCCGCCGACGCCCAGCACCACCACCUCGCUCGGGCCCUGCGUUGACCAGCUGGUCAACCAACUGGAGUACAGCUACCUGGACAUCCCCCACCUGCUCUCCCAGUCAGACGAGGAGGAGGAGCAGCUGCCGCCCGCGGAGCGCCAGCGCCGCCGCCAGGAGAAGCAGCGGCGCGAGGCGGCGAGGCGGCAGGCGGCGCUGCGCCAGGCGCUGGCGGGGCAGGGAGUUGUGGGGGCCGCCCCGGGCUUUGACCCCACGCCCUACCAGCAGCACCUGCAGCAGGCAGCAGCCCAGCAGCAGCAGCAGCCUGGCUUUGGGCAGCAGCAGCAGCAGCAGUUCAGCUUCGGCCAGCCGCCAUUUGGCAGUGGUGGCAGCAGCCACUGA